CAAAUGUUGUAUACAAAAAAGUUUUGUAAAAUGAAAAAUUGUGUGAAAACUAAUAAUAACGGAGUCAAUGUUGGGAAACUAGGCUUUGAGGCCCGCACUUCGCGCGGGCCGAAAAGGCUAGUAUAUAUAUAAGUUAUUAUUUAUGUGUAUACACACAGACGAACGCACACAAACUCGGCGUAUUAAAAUCUAUCAAGAGACAUCGAUUAACACAAGACAUCGUAUAAAGUAUCUAAAUCAUUACCAAUAAAACAUUGUGUUGUGAGUUACCAGUCGAAUCGUAUAGAAUCGUAUAGAAGCAUCGAGUGCAACAUUUUCAAAAAAAAAAGUUAUUAUGUUAAGAAUAUUAUGUGUUUUACUAAAGGUGUUAAUACUAAUGACAGCGCACAUUGCGUUUUCGUCGGAAGAUUUGGAGGAACCUGAUGGCAUAGCUCACUACAUAUAUGAUCAGUCCUCAAACCUCAUACCUGUUGAGAAUUAUAUUGAUAACGUUACUGUGAAAAAUGAAGUCGGUAAGAGUUAAAUUGUCUACAAUCCCAAAACUGACUUGAUUAGUUAAUUAUGUUAUAAGAAAUAAGAGAGACAGUUUAAGAUAUAGUCAAUCUCAUUAUUUUGUUAUACAUAUAUAGUUUCUCAGCAGUCGCAAAUCUUAUAUUUUUAAAUUCUUAAGCAAUAAUAGAAAAUUUUGAAACGCUAUAAACGUAACUGGCUGUAAAGGCUCGUCUACAACGACAGUAGCAGUAGAUCGUAGCCGUCGUAAGCGAAAUGAAAAAAAUCCAUUUCCUAUACGACUACGACGUACGUUCUACAGCGGACGCGCAGUCAGAAUUAAGAACGCCAGAAUUCUUUCGUGAUUGCGUAUACGCGUCUACCGUAGAACGCACGAAAUCUGCAGGAAAUAAAUUUUAUUCAUUUCGCUUACGGUCUUUACAAUCUUAUGCUACAGCUAUUGUAGACGCCCUUAAUUGUUGACAGAUUUUAUUUAUUAUAAGAUAUUCGUUCCUGCUCAGAAAGUGACCAAUUUACCUCCUUCUAUGAUGUAUUUUCAAGUACAAGCGUAUAACGAAAAUGGCGCAGGUCCUUACACAAAGUUCAGAAAAGUAUCGUCAACGCACGAAAAUCCAGUACCUUUAUUAUUAAUCAGCGCAUCGCAUAAAUAUUAGUAGCAGAUAUGGAUUUACAAAAAAUCUAUGAACUUAAUAAAUAUAGAACAAAAGAAAUUAUUUAUUCGGCAUUGGAACAUAAACUUUAUUGGAUUAAUGAAGUGUCGGAGCUAAUUUCAUACGAUUUUAAUGCAAACACAAUGAAAACAAAUCACAUUUACACAAAAAUAGUUGAUCUCGACUCUUCUGCGCACAAUCUCUGUAUCGAUUGGAUAGCAAGAAAUCUUUAUUGGAUACAAGAUGCCAACCACACCAAAAAUAUUAUGAAGCUAGAUUUAACAUUGUGGGAACAAACUGGCUUAGCCAAAUAUGAUAGUAUCCUACAGAUAAAUGAGUCUAAAUUUUUAAAUAUAGUGCCACUUAAAGGAUACAUUUACUGGAUGGAAUUAAAUUCAAAUAAUCAAUAUGUAAUAAAGCAAUCGGAUCUCGAUGGAAAAAAUAAAAAAUCUUUUUUGGAAGACAAAGAUAAUGAAUGCUUAUGCCCAUACAAAUUACAAGAAGCAUCCACCAUGCACAUUGACAACACAAAUAUUGACGAACCGUUAAUGUAUUGGACAUCGAAAGAUCAUUUAAUCGCAGGGCGGGACAUUUAUGGUUGUAGGUGCCGUUUGGUUCUCAGCGCUGGAAAUCAAAAAUUUUUCAAUUACUUAACAAUUGACAAGACAAACAUUUACUUGUUUAGUAGAGACGAACUCCAAUCCAUAGUUUAUCUCUAUAUGUUAAAUAAAAAAUAUGCUCUUAUCGAAAGCAACGAAAAUGCUUUUAAACAUGUCCCAAAAAAUCAUGGUUUUGUAGAACCCAUAAAUUCAGUCAUAGCUCUUGAUGUAUCUUCGCAACCAUAUCCGCCAACAACGUGUCUGAUACCUAAAGUAAAAAAUUAUGCUAUUAAAGUAACAAACAUAACCGCGAAUAGCAUCAUUGUAAAUCUUCCGGAACCGGAUCCCAAUGACGGCUGCGAAAAGUAUAACUUACCCACUACUAUAUAUAUCAUUUCUGUAAGCCAUUGUUUGGACAAUGAUCGUAACAAGUUCAAAAAAAGGAACGAGCAAACGCACAAAAGUCAUUACGAAAUAAAGAAUUUAACGCCAUUCACAGAGUACAGAUUAAAGCUGGCACUAAGCAAUUUUUAUGUUGACAAAUUCUCUAUGGACUUGCAAUUCGGCGAGGAUGUGAUACAGAAAACUAAUUCAGGCAAAUUCAAUGCGCCGGAAAAUGUAACUGUUCAAGUUCUAACUCCUACUUUAGCGAAGAUCUAUUGGAUGCCACCGCAGAAUCUAAACUGCGCGCAGCAAGUAAAUUACGAGGUGCAUUGGAAAUCAAUUCUUUUUUCAAAUGGCACACGAAAAAUAACUCAUCAAGUGCCACACAUCGAACAACUUUUUAAGCUCGAACGUACUGUAGAUGGCAAGUUUUUCACAAUAAUCCAAUCCCCGCUGCCAGGACAAGAAUACUCGAUAUACGUACGUGUGUAUCCUGCAAAUUUCAGUAAUUUCUUCACUGACAGCGUAGACAUAAGCGCCCAUAUGUACUCGGAACCUAAUAAUUUGACUUUAAGCGGAAUCAGUACAAACAGUAUGGCUAUUUCAUGGAUUCCAAGCCAUAACUUGAUCAAUUAUAAACUGGAAUACAAAAAUGUUACGAUGCAGGUGUGGAAAAUCGCGGACGAUAUUGAGAAAAAUAAUGACAAAGUAAUAUAUUAUAUAAAAAAUUUACAGCCGGGAACUUUCUACAAUUUUCGUUUGAUCUUGAAAUAUCCCGAGCAUAUGGAAGAUUUUAUAUGGCCGCUUGAUGAAAGAUUUUAUACUUUUAAAACACUUGCUGAUAUUCCGAGUGCUCCUGGGAUACCUAUGAUAACGAGACUUCCAAAUUCCACGUAUCAGUUAAAAUGGAAGCCUGCACAAGUUCACGAUUCACAAGUGAGUUUGUAUCGACUGGAAGGUUUAAUUGUCGAAAAUAAUUAUAAAGAAGAUAAUCAGGCAAAUAAACACUGGAAUUUAUAUUACAACGGAACACAUAACCACUGGAUAAUGACGAAAAGCAUGAAUCAGAAAUACCGAUUCCGCGUGCAGGCUGGAAACGCUUAUGGUUUUGGAGAAUGGAGUGAAACAAGCGCAGAAGUUGAUUUGACAGAUUCUAUCGAAAUAUUGGCUGCGCAUUAUUAUUAUUAUUUACUAUUACCAUUUGUAUUAAGCCUUAUCGUAACCCUUGCAGUCUAUAAUGUUUAUUACUUUUAUUGUUCGUAUAGACAACGCGAAGGAGUUAACGAUCCAGUUCUGCCUGCGAUUAUGACCGACAUUGAAUUAGUAACUCAAAGUGAAUUGUCACACGAGUGUGUUCAGCUCAACAAGCUGUACGAUUUUAAAUUGCAACAUAAUUUAGAUAAAUGUAAUUUGAGAAUAAUCAAAAAAGAGCAAAUUACUCGAACAAAGCUUCUAGGCAGUGGCCAAUUUGGAAAAGUAUUUCAGGGAACUGUCGAGAUUUUAGAAGGAGUAAACACAAUGCCUGUCGCAAUAAAGAUACUACGAGAAAAUGCUUCCUCGGAUGACAAAGACAACAUUUUGAAAGAGGCUAAACUUAUGAGCUAUUUUCACCACAAACAUGUGGUAAAAUUGUUGUUCGUCUGUUCGGACAUUGAUUCACCAAUGCUCAUAUCAGAAUUAAUGGAAGGUGGUGACUUACUGAAAUAUUUGCAAGAGUGUCAAAAAUUGCAAUCGUCAGAUCCACGUUUUUUGCGUCUGCAAGACUUGCUUGCCAUGUGCGAAGAUGUAGCACGCGGUUGUUGCUAUUUAGAAAAACUACACUUCGUGCAUAGAGAUCUCGCAUGUCGUAAUUGUUUAAUAUCGUCAAGAAAUCGCGAAAAUCGUAUUGUAAAAAUCAGCGAUUUUGGACUAGCUAGAAAUCUCUACAAGAAUGCAUACUAUCGUACGAAAGGAGAAGGUCCACUUCCUCUUCGCUGGAUGGCACUGGAAUCUUUGAUGUACCGAAAAUUUACUUCGCAAAGCGAUGUUUGGUCGUUCGGGGUACUUAUAUGGGAAAUUAUGACAUUAGGUGAACACCCCUAUUCUACCAAAAAUGAUUCUGAAGUAUGGCAAUAUGUGUGUGCGGGAGGCAAGCUGCCAAAACCUCUCAACUGUCCAUUGAUGUUAUACGAAUUGAUGCACCGUUGCUGGAGUCCAAUAAAUGCUAGACCGAAUUUUACAAUUUGUUUAGAAAAUAUUAUAACUCUGAGAAACAAUAUAGAAGACACGAUACCGAGUUCGGCUGAUAGUAUCAGAUAUGUAGAGCUUCCGUCUUCUGGAAAAUUAGAAGGUUCUGUCGAAAGUAUAGCACAUCCUACAUCCGAACGUUUAACUACCAAUGAUGCUCCAAAUAUCAUAGAAUAUUCGACGUUAUCGCAUUCUUGAAUGAGUGAUUUUUGAAAGCUCCUGUUAACACUUAUAAUUGAUUUUACCAUUUUUUAUUCUAACCAUCGAUAUAUUAUAUUAUAUACAAUAGCCAUAAUGUAACUAAAUACAAUAAUGUGAAAAUCUCUUUUUAA